AUGCCUCGCAGUCGUUUUCUAUCGUACGCCUCCAACGUCAACGGGCACAACUCUCACAACAACAACAACGACGACAUCUCAAACGUCAACGCGAGGCCCACCAACACAAUGAAUCACACCAACACUAUGACGCUGCCGAUGCUGUCCAAGCCGGCCAGCACACGCAACAACAUCACGGCUUUUCUGGGAGAGUUUGUUGGAACCUUCUUGUUUCUGUUCUUUUCCUUUGCCGGUACCCAGAUUGCCGUCAAUUCAGGUCCUGCCCAGCUCGAGUCCGGUACCGAUAUUGCCGUUCCCAACACCCAGAACCUCAUGUUUAUCGCUUUGGUAUUCGGUCUGAGUCUGAUGGCGAACGUGUGGGCUUUUUACCGUGUCACAGGCGGGCUCUUCAACCCCAGCGUCACGCUCGCUCUGUUUCUGGUUGGUGGUUUGUCAGCAGUCCGCAGCGUCAUCGUCGUGGUUGCCCAGCUGCUGGCUGGUAUGGCUGCCGCUGGUGUUGUCUCGGCUUUGUUCCCCGGGCCCAUGGAUGUCGAGACGACGCUUGGAGGGGGUGCCAACGUUGCGCAGGGCCUCUUUAUUGAAAUGUUUCUCACGGCCGAGCUGGUGUUUGUCGUCAUCAUGGUGGCGGCCGAGAAGCACAAGAGCACCUAUCUGGCACCAGUCGCUAUUGGAAUGGCCUUCUUUCUUGCCGAGCUGGUUGGCGUAUACUUCACCGGCGGCUCUCUCAACUUUGCCCGCUCCCUCGGACCAGCGGUGGUCAAUCGGAGCUUCCCAGGUUAUUUCUGGAUCUACUUCCUGGGCCCCAUCCUGGGCUCACUGCUGGCCUCAGGAUUCUAUGCGCUGCUCAAGUACCUCCGGUGGAAGGAGUGCAACCCCGGCCAGGAUGUCGAUGACGAGGAGAAGCUCAAGUUUGACACGGCCAGGGUACAGGAGAAGGAACGCUAUGGAAGCGUUGCCGACGGACAUGCCACACCCCGCGAGACAGUGACGCCGCCUAACGGAGCUGCGUCACCUGGCGGGACGACUGUGGCCGAUUCCCCCACGGCACCGCGCGCAUGAACUGCAAUCAUCACGACUUGACUGUUGGAAGGUAGUCUGAGGGUUCAGCUUGAAAUCUUUCACUCUCCUCUUUUUCAAGAAUAUGAAUGGUCGGCCGGGUUUAUGAGUGACGAUGCUCGUUGUCUCGCUUAAGUUGGUGCGUUUGGAAACUAUUGGGUGUUUAAUGGAUGUUGCUUGCAGUACAGCUUGCGUUGCUUUUCAGUUUUCUUGGUUGGAGAUCAGCAUUUGGACUGGUGGUACGAGUUGCGCUGGUCAUGGAAUCCGGAGGGAUGGUUCAUCGUUGGGUUUCUGGUGCAUAUCUACUGGGCUGCAUUGGAGGUCGGGACUGGUCAAGGUGGUGGUGCUGAGAUCUUUAGGGGUGGGUGACUGGGUCUGGUGUUUCGGGAUUGUCUUGUGAUACCAAAAUGGAACAGGGAAAGGGUCAGUGGGAUGGAUGGUAGGAACGGGGGAAAUGGUUGGCGAUAUCGGAAAGAUCUACCUGGUAUCUCAGCAUAAUUAAUCGAUUAAUGGAAUGAAUACGCAAAAGAUGCA